CUAACAACUAGCUGCGGCUAAUUCGACAGCGUCGAGACACUUGUCGUCCUAAAAUACUACCGAUAGUGUAUUCGAAUUAUUAUCUGUGCAUGCUGACUUUCGCCCCUAGAAUACAUCCUCACGCGACUCGUCUACUCCGCCAUCUGUUCAUUUCCACAGUUGCGUCAUUGGCGCGGGCAUUUUACUUCCUAUCUACUACCACCUCUUACAUCCAACCGCCAUCAUGGAAACGUUUAAAUCUCUCUUCGCGAAGCCUGACCCUCAGGCUCAGAUGCGAAAAUGCAAUGCAUUGAUGCGGCAAAACAUGCGCAAGCUCGAUCGCGACAUCCAGACCGUUAAGCAAGUCGAAGCAAAGACCAAGAACCUCAUCAUCCAAGCCGAUAAGCGAGGCCAACGCGAUCCCUCUCGCUCCAGCCAAGCUCAAAAGGAGGUCCGCGACUUUGCACGUGAGCUCGUUCGCGCUCGCAAGCAAUCACAACGUCUAGUCACAUCCAAGGCGCAGCUCUCCUCUGUACAGAUGCAAGUCAACGAGGCCUUUGCCGUGCGAAAGAUCGAGGGGUCCAUCCGGGCGAGUGUCGGUAUCAUGAAGGACGUUAACUCGCUUAUCCGCCUGCCCGAGCUGGCGGGGACCAUGCAAGAGCUGAGCGUGGAGUUGAUGAAGGCAGGCGUUAUCGAGGAGAUGGUCGAGGACGUACUACCCGCUGACGGGGACAUGCUCAUGGAAGAUGAGGAGGCCGAGGGUGAGGUGGAGAAGGUCCUAGGAGAAGUCCUCAAGGAACGCAAGCAACCCAGUCUCCCUGUUGCGCCUGUGCCAGAACCCCAGAAGCCCCAGGAAGAGGACGAAGAGGAAGAGGAUGCAGAGGCUAUGAUGGAUCAGAUGCGUAACCGAUUAGAGGCGCUUCGCAGUUAGUGGGAAUUCCGGUGAUGAGGCAUGGUUGGUUAGUUACUGCUUGAAGGUGCCAGUUACUCUUCAGCAUGGAAGGAGUUGGAGUUUGGCGUAUCUGUAGUUUUGGCAUACAUACAAAGACUUUGAGGCUACAAACCACCGUGGGUUCUGUGGUUCUCACUGAGAUAAGAUAUAUAACCACAUUUCACGUUCA